GAGCCCCAGAACGCGUUCGGCCGCAGUGGCGGAGCGGAGUUCCAGUGAGGCAGCUGUUGGCGGCUCUGCAGGAAAUCUCUGCAGCCCGCCGGGGCUCCGGGGCUUCUGCGGGAAAUCCUGGCUGCGCACGCCGGCAUGGACAGUCCGGUGAGCCGCUGCAAGAUCGUGGUGGUGGGGGACGCGCAGUGCGGGAAGACCGCCUUGUUGCACGUAUUUGCGAAGGAGUGCUACCCGCAGAGCUACGUGCCCACCGUGUUCGAGAACUACACCGCGAGUUUCGAGAUUGAGAAGCAGCGAAUUGAACUUAACAUGUGGGACACCUCAGGUUCGGCGUAUUAUGACAACGUGCGGCCCCUCGCCUACCCGGACUCGGAUGCCGUCCUCAUCUGUUUCGAUAUCAGCCGCCCCGAGACCCUGGACAGCAUUCUCAAGAAGUGGCAGAGCGAGACCCAGGAGUUUUGUCCCAGUGCCAAGGUGGUGGUAGUGGGCUGCAAGCUGGACAUGAGGACAGACCUGAGCACGCUGCGCGAGCUGUCCAAGCAGAGGCUCAUCCCCAUCACACACGAGCAGGGCAGCGCACUGGCACGGCAGAUCGGGGCUGCUGCCUACGCAGAGUGCUCAUCCAAAGUAUCGGAGAACAGCGUGAGGGACGUCUUCCACCUCACAACGCUGGCAUCUGUCAACAAGGCUCAGAAGAGCCUGAAGAGAAGUCACUCGAAGCGGGUGCCAAAGCGGCCGCCACAAACAGCCGGACACGUGGACUUGCUGGAGGCUGGAGAGAUGAGGAAGGAGCGGGCGCGGAGCUGCUUGCUGAUGUGACUUCUCCUCAUUCCUUCCUUGGUGGUCCCGCGUCCUGAAGCAGGUUGGGGGCUAGCAGUUGGUUGACAGUGGAGAGGCAGAGACUAAUGGCUUUUAUCCUAAACUUGGUGGCCAAGCCUCAGGACCCCCGGCUUUGCAUCGCUACAUCUGUCAGCUGGAAUGAGAGCUUCUCGACAAAAUAAAGCACUUCCUCCUUA